AUGGCCUCAAUUGCCCGGUCUCUGCGGCUCGCCCGCCUCUCUGCCGUCUCGGCCACUAUCAGGGCCCCCGCCUACCGCGCCGUUUUUAUCCGGCCCUUCUCUGUUACCGCUUCAAACGCCAUCCGGAAAUAUACGAAGGAGCACGAGUGGAUUGACAUCUCGGCCGACAAGAAAACCGGCGUCGUUGGUAUCAGCGAAUACGCUGCUAAGACCCUCGGCGAUAUUGUCUACGUCGAGCUGCCCGAGGAGGGCCUCGAGGUUCAGGCCGGUGACGCCAUUGGCGCUGUCGAGUCGGUGAAGAGCGCCGCCGACAUCUACUCUCCUGUGGCCUGCAAGAUCACUCAGGUCAACCUGCUGCUCGAGGAGAAGCCUGGCACGGUCAACCAGGUUCCCGAGGACGAUUCCCAUGGUGGCGGCUGGAUCGCCAAAGUUCAGCUCACUGAGCAGGGCCUGAAGGACUUCGAGGCCCUCAUGGACGCCGAUGCCUAUGCUGAGUUCACUGCGGCCGAGAGCGACCACUAA